AUGGCGAACCAGACGCUGGACCAGAUGGUCAAGGGCGCUCCGCCGCCCAGCACAAACGUAAACAAGCUCGCCGAGAGCAUGGAGAGAGACCCGCCGCCAUACUCGGCCUCGAUACUCGCACACGGCCCCCACGACGCAAACGACCGGCUCCCUACCAUCAAAACCCCACGACCACCCGUUAUUAGCGACCCCACCGCCCUACUUCCAUCGUCUCCGCCCCAGAUAUACUUGAAUCUUCUCAUCCUAGAAGCCAGUCUUCGCAGCCAGUACCUUACCCUACGCGCGCGGCGCCGGCAAAACACCUUUGUGCUUACGCUGCUGGCGGUAUGGAUAGGCUUCUGCUUUUACCUGCUGUGGCUACGGCCGCGAGAGGACGGCAAGGGAAUUGGUGGUUCACAAUAUUGGCUACUUGAUAUGCUGCAAAAGGUCGGCUUCAUCACCGGUGUUGUUACGGCCCUUUUGUUCUGGGCAACUGGACAAUGGGAGAGAGGAGUCCGGUGGCCACGACGCUGGAUUGGUGUUGCCAACCGCGGGCUGAGGGGCAUGAACGCCAAGAUUGUCGUCAUAAGAGGACCGUGGUGGAGAGAAUUGGUCGAGUGGGCGCACUUUGUUGUGCCAUUUUCCGGUGGUCUUUGGGGUGGAGAGACUGGGGGAAGUUCAUAUCACUUUAUCAAUGUUGCACAGGAGAAUAAGCAUGCGUUGGAUGGAGGCCGCCCACGACACCGUAUAGUCGAAGACGGCAAGGAGUACGCCGAGGAAGAUAUUGCGCCUGGAGGCGACUACAUCAAGCUUCUUCUCCUACCGAAACCAUUCACCCCGGACUUCCGCCAAGAAUGGGAAGUCUACAGAAACGAAUACUGGGCCACGGAAAACGAGCGUCGCGCCGAACUCCGCAAGCGCGUCCGCGCCCGCCAACGUGAAAUCGCCCGCGAAGAAGGCGGCUGGCUCUGGUGGACGGGCUGGCGCGGCUGGAAGCGCGCCCGUGGCCUCAACAGCAGCCGCAGCGCCGACGUCGAGAAAUCCGGUCACGCCCACGCCCACCACCGCACCCUCUCCCACACCAGCUCCUCCUCCCGCAAACGCCGCUCCAGCCUUCUCCAACCAACUCGAUCCACACGCGACCGCUCCCACUCCCGCUCUUCCUCCCGCAGCAUCACCCCUACAACCACCGACCUCGACCUCGAUUCCCGUCUUCGGCCCCUCGAGUCCCGCGAGCGCCGCUGGAGUAACGCAUCCAGUAGUACAACUACGAGUCGCAAAUCUUCCCUCCGCUCUAGCUCUACCUUGAUUUCCCAGGGAACGGCGCAGUCCGCGCGUCAACCCCCAAGUCCUAUAAUCAAACAGACAUCGUGGGCUGAGAGACCAGGCACACCGAGUGAGACAAGUGCGCAGGCUUGGCAGAGUAAACGAGCGAGUAUGCUGAGUAAUGCGGAGAGUAUGAGUGAGGAUCCGGGGUAUGAGGCUGAGGGUGGGGAGAGUGUGAGUGGUAGUAGGGGUGUGGGGAGGAGGGGGAGUGGGAGGGCGGAGAGUGCGUGA